ACAUUGCAACGCCAUGAAGAUGCUAAUAGGAGUUCUUGGUUUAACUUUAGUAGCCAGUGUGUUUACUGCUCCAUUGGAUGAUUCCAGAAAUGCUGAAAUUUUGCGAUACAGCAGCGAGAAUAUCGGUAUCGAUGGAUAUCGCUUUGACUUUGCCACGAGUGAUGGUACCAGUCGAACGGAAGAGGCAGAACUUCGCAAUGCUGGCACCGAUAACGAGGCGCUUGCUGUGAGAGGAUCCUAUUCCUACACCGGUCCGGAUGGAACGGUCUAUGUCAUCAACUAUAUUGCGGAUGAGAACGGAUUUCAACCGGAGGGCGCGCAUAUCCCUAAGUAG